AAAACCUGCAACAUAAUUAUUAAUAACAGGCUUACCGUGCAUACUGCAUGCUGUACUUAUGAUAGAGCACUAACCGUAAAUGUGCAUGUACUGUACGUCGAAACCGGUUCAAAAUAGCAAGAACCAGGUGCUUUUACCAAACAGCAAAAAUGUUAACGCACGGCUCGCAGUCGUGUGGUGCUUCUCCAAGCACACAGAUCGUGAUAGUGUUUUUCCUGGUUGUGUCAAUUGCAAUGUCCACAGACGGCAUUCUUAGCAACACCGGGACCGAUGUCACAUUCGAAGAAAUGAAGCGUCUGUCCGACAUGGGCGCGAUGAACCUCAUCGAUGUGCGGGAGCCAGCGGAACUCGCCAAGGACGGAGCAAUUCCCUCGGCUGUCAACAUUCCUCUGGGGCAGUUCAAAGAUACACUGCGGCUGUCGCCAUCGGAACUGCAGGCAUUACACGGCCUCGCAGUUCAGGGUCAGGAUAGCGAGAUUAUUGUCAGUUGUCGCUCGGGUCGGCGAAGCACACUGGCCGCAGCGAUGGCGAGAGAACUGGGUUACACCAAUGUGCGCAAUUACGCGGGCGGUAUACUGGAAUGGAAUGCCAAAAUUAAUCCAAACGGGAGUUAAAAUGGCAGCUCUAAUCCCUGUAUUUCUGCCAUUGCUUCUUAUAAGGCGCGACAUGGUAUUAAACUAGUAUAAUAUAAGUAUAACUGUUACAAUAUAUCUUAAUAUCCGAGACACAUUACUGUGUAUUUUUCUCCUGUCCAUGUUGCGGCAUAUUCUCAUUAUUCACCUGUGGUACAACGUAUUAUGCAUUAAUUAAAAACAUCACAGUUUUUACAACAUAAAAACUUCGUUAAACUUUUCCGCUCCUUCCAUUGUACCCA